GGGGAGCCGACGGCGGGAAGGGGAGCCGGAAAGGAGCCGCGAUUGCCCGCCGCGUUCAACCAGAGGAGAGGGUACGGGACGGCGGCUCCCUGGUGGUGGCAAUGGAGCCUGGGCUCCGGCAUGCCUUUGCAGAGGAAGGAGGCGUCCUUCGGCUUCUUCGGUCCGAAGAGAUGCUACUCGGUGAUGCCUCCAUGCUCGCCGUGCCGGGAAUCGGGUGCUGCGCUGAUGCCGUUGGUUGCUAGACAGCUCGCCGAGGCUGGAGAUGGCAGGAAGGCGACACCGUUGGCUCUGUUUUAUACUCAGGAGAGGUUGUACUCUGUAGCAGCCACGCGGCGGUUUGGCCAGAAAUGGAGGCCGGAUUCAUCAGACGAGGAUGAGGAGGUUAUGCCGGCUGCUAGGGAUCUGAGGUUGGCAAAAUUCGUGGCUUCGAGGGAAGAUGAGUCGGAAGAUGAUGAACUGGGGGAGACGAGCACCAUCAGGAGGAAAUGGAGCACUGCUGCUCUGAGGAACUGUGAUAUGAAGAGAGAUAGGAGACCGCUCAAGUCCUACGAGGAGGAAAGCGAUGAUGAUAUCACUGGUAGAAUCCAAGAGCUGCGAGAGGAGAUAAGAAACAGGGAGGUGCUGGGUGCUGAGAGGAGGCGGUACGAGUCAAGGGGUGAAUCUGUGUUUACCAAUAAAAGAUUCGAUGAGUGUGGCAUCUCCCCACUUACUGUCAAAGCACUCACUGAUGCUGGAUAUAUACAGACAACUGUUGUCCAGGAAGCAGCUCUUCCAGUUUGUCUUGAAGGUAAAGAUGUUCUUGUCAAGGCCAAAACUGGAACCGGCAAAAGUGUAGCUUUUCUGCUUCCUGCAAUUGAAUCAGUCUUGAAUGCCAUGAAGAGCCAUACAAAUCAUCGAGUGUCUCCAAUAUUUGCCCUUGUUCUAUGCCCUACAAGAGAGCUUGCCGUCCAGGUUACAGCUGAGGCAAAUGUUUUGGUGAAGUACCAUGAUGGAGUGGGUGUUCAGUCUCUUAUUGGUGGCACUAGAUUCAAGCUUGAUCAAAGACGGUUAGAGUCCGAUCCAUGCCAGAUUUUAGUGGCAACACCUGGUAGGCUGCUGGAUCAUAUUGAAAACAGAUCUUCAUUCUCUGUCCGCUUGAUGGGAUUGAAAUUGCUUGUGUUGGAUGAAGCUGACCACUUGCUAGAUUUGGGUUUUCGCAAAGACAUAGAGAAGAUUGCUGAUAGCUUGCCACGCCAAAGACAGACACUACUAUUUUCAGCUACUGUUCCAAAAGAGGUUCGAAGGGUUUCACAGCUGGUUUUAAACAAGGAUCAUGUUUUUGUUGAUACAGUGGGCUUGGGGGCUGUUGAAACUCCUACUAAGGUACAACAGCAAUAUCUCAUGGUACCACAUGAACUGCACUUUCAUAUGGUUCAUCGCCUUCUUCGAGAGCAUAUUGAUCAGGAAGUGGACUAUAAGGUGAUAGUUUUCUGCACAACUGCCAUGGUGACUGAAUUUAUGUAUAUAAUGCUUCGAGAUCUGAAGCUAAAUGUCAGAGAGAUACAUUCAAGAAAGCCCCAGCUUUAUAGAACACGUAUUUCUGAAGAGUUCCGGGAUUCCAAUCGCCUGAUUCUGGUAACAUCAGAUGUUUCAACACGUGGAGUGAAUUAUCCAGAUGUUACCCUAGUGAUUCAGGCUGGUGUUCCUCCUGGUAGAGAGCAUUAUAUUCAUCGUCUUGGAAGGACUGGAAGGGAAGGUAAAUCCGGGAAAGGAAUUCUGUUGAUUGCGCCAUGGGAAGAGUAUUUCUUGAAGGAGAUACAUGAUCUUCCAAUACAGAAGGCUCCUGUGCCACAGAUUGACCAGGAGAUGAAACAAAAGGUUGAUGAUUCGAUCAAGAUUGUUGACAUGAGCAUCAAGGAAGCCGCAUACCAUGCAUGGCUUGGUUACUAUAACUCGAUAGCUGAUAUUAGCAGAGACAAAGUCAUGCUUGCUGACCUGGCAAGUAGGUUCGGCGUCUCUAUCGGCAUGGAAAAGCCUCCGACGCUAUUUAGGAAAACCGCCUUGAAGAUGGGGUUAAAGGGUGUACCAGGAAUUCGGAUAAGAAAAUGAAUAACCAAGCUACAUUUUGUCUCCCAUUCUGUAAUUCGCCUUGUUUCUAAUUUACAGUACAUCAAGUCUGAAACUGAUCGAUGUCUUGUUGACUGGCUCAAAUGAAGAAUGACUCUCACUUUUAUCUUA